CAAAUUACUGUUGGUCCAUACCUUAUGAAAAAAACCAUAUAAACUCUUUAUCUUUUUCUUACUCAGAGUCUCUUUCUCUCCUUCUCCUUCUUUUCUUCCUAUUUUAUUGGGUUGAUUGGUUAAUGAUGAAAAGCAAGUCCCUUUAAUUUGUUGCCUUUUAUUUGUUCCUCUGUUGGUUUUGAGUUUGCCCUUUUCUUUCUUUUUUCCAUAUCCACAUCUUUCUCUUGUUUUAGCUCAAAUUAUUUCUGCUACUCUAACAUUUCUACUACAGGCCAUAACACUGAGAAAGAAAACUGUGUUUUACUAUUAUUCAAAAUUCUGUUAAUUGGUUUCUUUUUGCAUACUUUCGAUCCUUCUAGAGACCAAUUCUGCUUUUACAAGUACUAUCUAAUAUUAUGAAGCGAUUCAGUUUCUCAGAUUCUUCUGGCAAAUUGCUUUAUCCACCAGAAGAGAAAAAUAGAGAAAAUUUGUCGUAUAGCACAGAUUUUCAGGCAAUGUUGGACGGAUUGGAAGAUGAAGAUGGAAUAGAAGAGAGUGGAUGUGUAACAGGGAAAAAAAGGAGGCUAAAAGUGGAUCAAGUUCAAGCACUGGAGAAAAUAUUUGAAGUUGAUAACAAGCUUGACCCUGAAAGGAAAGUGAAAAUUGCACAAGAAUUAGGGCUGCAACCAAGACAAGUAGCAAUUUGGUUCCAAAAUAGACGUGCCCGUUGGAAGACUAAACAAUUAGAAAGAGAUUAUAAUAUUCUCAAGGCCAAUUAUGAAACUCUUCAGCUCAAUUAUUCCAAAGUUGAACAAGAGAAAGAAGGCUUGAUUAAUGAGCUAAAAGGACUAAAAGAGAAGAUUGGAGAGGAAAAUUCAACUGCAUUUCAAAGGCCACAAGAAAUUCUUGAAUUGAAUCCCAGAAACUAUGAAGUCAACAACAAGUUGAAUUCAGAUAUUGUGGAUUCAAAAGAUGGUUCAUCAGAUAGUGAUUCAAGUGGAGUAAUGAAUGAAGAAAAUUACAACAAUACUCUCAAUUAUCAGCCAUUAAUGCCUAAAGUGUCAUCUUAUAAUGCUUUGGAUCACUUGUCAUUAUCUUCUACAACUUACACUCAGUUAUUGGAUCCAAGGGCAAGUUCUACAUCAUCAAUGAGAGGUUAUCAUCAACAGCAUCAAGUUGGGAAAAUGGAGGAGCAAAUUGGUUUUACAACAGAGGAUUCUUGUAAUAUUUACUCUGUUGAUCAAGCACCAAAUCUUUAUUGGUACCUUAGUGACCACAGAAAUUAGUUAAUUAAUUAAGUUAGUAAUUUCCUCAAUUUUUAAAUAACAUGUAGUUUAAGUAUUUGAACCAUGAAGAAGCUGUUUCUGUUUUUACAA